GGAAGCGAUAAAUAUGGCAGCGGAAAUAAAGCCCUCGCCCAAACGCAACGAACGUUUCAGCAGCAAAAAACCAGAACUGCUGAGCAAAUUGGAGGGCAGUGCCGAUGACAUUAAUGCAGCUAUACUAAUACCGGGCGAGAAUGGUGUCAUCAGUGUGUCAGACGACAAGACCAUUAGAGUGUGGUUGAAACGAGACUCGGGCCAGUAUUGGCCCAGCAUUUGCCAAUUUAUGCCCAGUGGCUGCACUUGCCUCUAUUAUUUGCAGGAAACACGUCAGUUGUUUGUCGGGCAAGAGAAUGGCACGGUAACGGAGAAUACCCUGUCGGAAGAUUGCAACCGUUUGACAUUUGUUCGCGACCAUUUGGCGCAUCAGGCCCGCGUUAUGGCUGUGGUCUAUUCGAAGCCACACAAUUGGGUGUUGUCGUGCAGCAAAGAUAAGACAUUCGCCUAUCACUGUUCGGAGACUGGCAGGCGAAUUGGUCAGUACAACUUCGAGACACCCUGUACGGCGCUGCAGUUUGAUGCUCCGGCCAAAUAUGCAUUUAUUGGUGAUCAUGCCGGUCAGAUAACCAUGUUGCGUUGUGACACCCAGGGUGGGGUGCAGCUGAUAACCACCUUUAAAGGCCACACGGCAGCCAUACGCUGCCUCAAGUGGGUGGAGGGGCCUCAACUACUGUUCAGCGGAGCUUGCGACCAGGCCGUUAUUGUUUGGGAUGUGGGCGGUAAACGUGGCACCACCUACGAACUGCAGGGCCACAAAAACAAGGUCACCUCCCUGGCCUAUGCCAAUCACACGCAACAGUUGAUUAGCUGUGCCGAGGAUAAUGUGGUCGUUUUUUGGGAAAUGAAUGCCAUGCGCAAAGAAGUUCCUAACUGGGUUGAAUCGAACAGUUGUCAAAUCUGUAGCCGUCCAUUUUUCUGGAAUUUCCGUUCGAUGAUGGAUCAAAAACAAAUCGGUUUGCGUCAACAUCAUUGCCGCAAUUGUGGCCGGGCCAUAUGUGAUAAUUGUUCGCAGAAUCGUAUCAACAUACCGAUAAUGGGUUUCGAGUUUGAUGUGCGGGUCUGUAAUGCCUGUUACAAUGAAUUGCAUGCAGUGGAAAGGCCAUCGCUGGCCUCAUUUCAUGAUGCCAAACAUUCGAUUGUCUAUAUGGAUUUGGAGGAGGAGCGCAAACGUCUGCUGACCGUUGGGCAGGAUCGUGUUAUUAAGAUAUGGGAUUUGAAUACCAUUUGGGAGUAA